UUUAUUUUAAGAGCAAUAUUAUUGUUUUGUUGAAAUAUAAUUGAAUUAGUCAUCUUCCAACUAUUCCUGAUUAAAAAUUAUUAUCACCAUUAUAUAAAUAAUCAGGAAAUCAUAAUUAUGAUUCUAGAUGAUAAUUGUGUGGUUCACAAUUAUCCUCUAAUCAUAUGAAGCUUAACUUUUCUCCUAUAAAUAGGAGGCUUCUCCAUUGUAAUUAACACACUAAGAUUACACUAUUAUCACACUUCUAAUAACAUCUUUCUCACUAAGUAUUCAGACUAUACUUUCUCUCCUUGAUCUUCUGCUUAUUUCCUUCCAUAUUAUAACACGUUAUCAGCACGAAUUUGCUCCAAAUCCCUGAAAUCACCAUCUUCCUAGCAGGUAUAUACUUUCUGGAAUUUAUCAAUUCAUUUGAAAAGAAAAACAGAGGUUGAGAAGUAUGACCAUGCUUAUAUAUAUUCAAAACUAUAAGAAGUAUGCUCUAUGGUUGCCCAAGAAUAGGGAUCCUCCAUAUCAGAAAAUUAUAAGUAUAUUUUCUCUAAAGAAAGAUGAAUGGAAAAAGGAUAAACAAUUAAACAUACAUUUAAUCAGUGUUAUUUUUAAAUAUACUACUCCAUGAUUAAAAUCUUAACUUUUACUUCCGGAUAUGAUGAAUUUACAUCACGUCUUGAUUCUCACUUAAAUAUGUAUAUAUAUAAAUAUAUAUACUUCAUAUAUGAUAAUAAGAUGUUUAGGAGGUAGUAUUAUUUAUUGGAUUAAUGAAGAAAUAAAACUUACCUUGUAAAAUACGGAGUUCUUCGAACUGUGAAGUAUCUAUUUUUUUUCUCCAACUCCUUUUGCUCUUUACUAUCUCAUGUCUCGGAAAUUCUAAACUACAAAGAAGAAAAAAAGAGCGCUUGCGUAUUUUACAAAAGAUAACAUGAACUAUUGAUAAGAACCAUAGAUAUGCAUCUACUUUUAUACACGUACUCCGUAUGCUUAUUACUCCAUAUGUCAUAUACUCAUAUGUGUGGAGACAGCUCAUGUAUGAGCUUAAGCAUACGAAGUAUUAAGAAAAAGAAAUAUAUAAAGUAAGAAGAGAGGUGAUGAGAGAAAAUUAGAAAGUUGCUUGCUAUAUAUUCGAACAUCAUUGAAUUGAUGUAUAAACAAAUAUAGCUGGUAGUCAGUCACGGUCCAUACAAGUAGAUAAGAGCAUUUAUUUUACUUGUCUCCUUCCUUUGUGAAGACACUCACAUAAUUGAUACUAGUAUAAUAAAUAUAUGUAUGUGAGGAUCGAAGAUAAUACGCAGUAUAUGUAAUAUAUAUCCAUGAAACCAACUCACGGGUCUGUAAUAUUACUGCAUAUUAGACAUUUUUUUUGUUCUCAUAUGUAGUACAAUGCAGAGUGUAUGACACAUCACAUGAUCAUUAAUUUACAUAGCCAUUAUAUCUUUGAAGUGGGUCCUAAUUCAAAUUUCUUUUACCUACAAAUAAAACUAAUUUAUACGGAGUACUGCUUUGUUAGUCUUUAAAUAAUACUACUAUACGUAUGGAGCAAUAAAAUCUUCCUUGAUGGGUUUCAAUUUGUUUUGUUUCAAAAUUCCCAAUAUACUGCAUAUACUGUGAAAAAUGUCAAUUAAAGGUUAAUUUGAUUCUAAUGAAAGUCACGAAAGUCUCUGCUAGUGCUCAAUAUGUGACUUGUGUAUACACAAACGGAGUACGUGCCUUCUAAUUAAUAAAAUGUGUUCAUGAAUUUGUGAAGAGUAUGAAACUCUCAGUGAACUACAUACGUACUAGUAUAACUAAAUACAUGUUAUCCUAGUAUUUUGAAUAACAAACAAGUUGGAAUAAUAUUAAACCCGUUUUGAUGACAUUGCUCAAACUUAGCCGUACUGCCGUAAUAGUAAUUAUACUAAAUUGAGUUAUGAGUUUAUAUAAUUCGGAGUACAUAGCAUGUAUGUAUAUGUAUUGACUACUCUGAACUAAGACAUCAGUAAUUUUGGACUUGUCUUGACAUUAUGGAUGUUUAUUAUUACUCCCUUAUUUGGUUUUCAUUCACCGAAAGUGAACCCAAAAACAGCAUGUUGUUCCAUCUCGUUAAAGUUUAAAAACGGAUGAACAUGAGAAAUGGAAUGUUGUGUUAUACGGAGUAUGUAUUUGUUAAAUCCAAGACAACAAUUUAUCCAUCAAAGCGAUUUAGUUAUUAAACUAUAAAAUAACCUCUCAAAAAAAAACUAUAAAAUAACCUUUCAUUAGGGUUUUUCAUCAAAACAAUCUUUCAACGAAAAACUAUCAACAUAAGUUUUGUACUUAAGGGACCUUUGGUUAUCAAGUUGCAAGGUCUCUUAUUGUUAAGAUGGACCCCUUAACAAUUGGUAUGACAGUAACUUCAUCCAAACGGUUAUUAUGUACGUUUCUGUCGAAAUCGGGAAUAACCCCCUAUAUAUAGCAACACUCAUGAUUGUUUUUUACCCCAAAUGAUGAGGUAGAAUUGAAUUAAUAAGAAGUAAAUAUGUCAGCUUAAUUACUUCUCUUAUUAAAAGUCAAAAUAUAGUACCUCACUUUAUUUUCUCCUUGACAGGAGUAUAUUUCAAAAUAAAAUUUUAAAGUGCUUAUUUUUAACGUGAAAAUUAUGCACAAUUAAAUGUACUAUUAAGUGAAGUACAAUUUAUAUUACAAUAUUGAACUAAUAUUUGUUCAUUUUUAUCUUCGCGAAGAUAUGGAGUUAACUGAAAUUUCUCCAAGUGGUUUUGAACAAUGUUUAAUAGACAGUGCCACAACGCACACCAUUUUGAGACAUUGAGAUUAUUUUUCUCAUAUGACAUUAGUUGAUGCUAAUGUCAAUACAAUCUCAGGUGUUGCUAAACUCAUUGAAGGUUCUGGAAUAGCCUGUGUGAUUCUCCCAAAAGGGACAAAAUUAACAAUUAAAGACGCUUUAUACUCCAGUAAAUCACGGAGAAAUCUUUUGAGUUUUAAAGAUAUGCGUCUAAAUGGUUUUCAUAUUGAAACCAUGUCUGAAAAUCAAAAGGAAUAUUUAUGUCUAACGACAAAUAGAUCUGGUAAUAAAUAUAUUUCUGAAAAAAUGCCAACAUAUUCAUCGGGACUGUAUUAUACAUAUAUCAGUCCAAUUGAGAUAAAUGUGGUAUCUAAAAUUUAUGACCACAAUUCUUUUAUCUUGUGGCAUGACCGUUUAGGUCAUCCAGGCAGCACUAUGAUGCACAAAAUUAUUGAAAAUUCACUUGGACAUUCAUUAACUAAUGUCAAGAUUCCACAAUCAAGUGAUUUUCCGUGCACUGCAUAUUCUCUUGGCAAAUUAAUUAUCAGGCCAUCUUUAUACAAAAUUGGAGUUGAAUCUCCUGCAUUUUUAGAAAAAAUUUAAGGAGAUAUUUGUGGGCCAAUUACCCCUCCGUGUGGACCGUUUCGAUAUUUUAUGGUGCUCAUUGAUGCAUCAACACGUUGGUCACAUGUCAGUCUUUUAUCGACUAGAAAUUUUGCAUUUGCAAAUCUCCUUGCUCAAAUUAUUCGUUUGAGAUCACAAUUUCCGGAUUAUUCGAUAAAGAAAAUCCGACUUGAUAAUGCAGGAGAAUUUACAUCCCAAUCUUUUAAUGACUAUUGCAUGUCAAUUGGGAUUGAUGUGGAACAUCCAGUUCCACAUGUACAUACACAAAAUGGUCUUGCUGAAUCCUUAAUUAAGCAAUUACAAUUAAUUGCUAGACCAUUAUUGAUGAAAUCCAGAUUACCAUCAUCUGCAUGGGGAUAUGCUAUAAUGCAUGCUGCAAAUUUAAUUCAGCUUAGGCCAACGGCAUAUCAUAAAUUUUCCCCAUUACGAUUAAUAUCCGGUAAAGAACCAAAUAUAUCACACCUAAAAAUAUUUGGUUGUUCUGUGUAUGUACCUAUUGCUCCACCUUAUCGUACUAUAAUGGGUCCUCAAAGAAGGCUGGGAAUUUAUGUUGGUUUUAAAUCACCCUCCAUUAUUAAUUAUUUAGAACCUAUGACCGGUGACUUAUUCACCGCGCGGUUCGAUGACUGUCAUUUUGAUGAGACAGUAUUCCCGGCCUUAGGGGGAGAUAUUAAAGAAAUGGACCCUCGUACGAAAGAUAUUACAUGGAAUGCAACAAAUUUAUCUUUUCUUGAUUCUCGCACAAAUGCUUGUGAACAAGAAAUUCAAAAGAUUAUUCAUUUACAAAAUGUUGCAAACCAAUUGCCUGAUGCUUUCACAGACUCAAAGAAAGUGACAAAGUCACAUAUUCCAACUUUGAAUGCUCCUUCUCGAAUAGAAAUUCUUGCGGAGAUUAGCGAAAGAACUCUUGCUAAUGAAUCUAUGAUACGUAAAAAAAACGUGAUAGACCACUUGGUUCAAGAGAUUUGAAACCAAGAAAAUUUAAACAGCAAGUUGUAGUUUGUGAUGCCAAAGAAGUUCAACCUUCUCAAGAAGAAAAUGAACAUUUUGAAAAUAUCGGCUUUGAAGAUAACAUCAAUAAAAAUGAAACCUCAAAAGAGGAUCCAAUCACCUUCGAAGAGGUAAAUAUUCCAGAUAAAGAUAGAAACGUCGAUAAUUUCGAAAUUUCAAUUAAUUACGUUUCUAAUGGAAUACAAUGGAAUAGAAAUGAUAUUGAUGUUAAUGAUAUACUUUCAUAUGCCAUCGCCACAAAUAUAAUGAAUGAACACGAUGACAAUGAGCCUAAAUCUAUUGACGAAUGUCGUCGUAGAAAUGUUUUUGGACCAAUUGUCCAUACGCCAAAAGGCGUAAAACCUGUCGGUUUUAAAUGGGUUUUGUGCGUAAACGCAACGAGAAAAAUGAAAUCGUUAGAUACAAAGCCCGACUUGUUGCCCAAGGUUUUUCUCAAAUGCCAGGAAUCGAUUAUGACGAGACGUAUUCUCCAGUAGUUGAUGCUACAACUUUAAGGUUUUUAAUCGGCAUGUCUGUUUUUGAAAGGCUGCAAAUGCGCCUAAUGGAUGUAGUGACCGCAUAUUUAUAUGGUUCACUCGAUACAGACAUAUAUAUAUAUAUAUAUAUAUAUAUAUAUAUAUAUAUAUAUAUAUAUAUAUAUAUAUAUAUAUAUAUAUAUAUAUAUAUAUAUGAAAAUUCCCGGUGACUUUAAAAUACCUGAUGCUUAUAGCUCGAGAUCUCGAGAUUUGUUUUCCAUAAAAUUGCAAAAGUCAUUAUAUGGAUUAAAACAAUCUGGACGCAUGUGGUAUAACCGUCUCAGUGAAUAUUUGAUUAAAGAAGGAUAUAAAAAUGAUCCUAUUAGUCCAUGUGUUUUCAUUCAGCGAUCCGAAUCAGGAUUUGCCAUAAUUGCAGUAUAUGUUGAUUAUUUAAUCAUUAUUGAAACUCCCAUUGAAAUUGAAAAUACUGCAAAAUAUCUCAUGAAAGAAUUUGAAAUGAAAGGUAUUGGGAGGACAAAAUUUUGUCUCAUCAUUCAAAUUGAACAUUUGAGAAAUGGUAUUUUUAUUCACCAAUCAAAAUAUACCAAGAAACUUUUGAAGCGGUUUUACAUGAAUAAACCACACCCGCUCAAUUUUUCAACAAUGUUUCGAUCUCUCAAUAUGAAUGAUGAUUUUUCGACCUUGUGAAUGUGAUGAAUAAAUCAUUGGUCGUGAAAUAAUAUAUUUGAAUGCUAGAUAUUUUAAGCAUUAAUGUAUUUGGCUAAUAUAAUACUUGACUAGAUAUUUCUAGCUUUUUCCAUAAAUUUGUUAGCCAGAUAUAGCGCAGGUCAAAGGACGUUACAUCAAAGGGGAUAGAACAAAGCACAAAGCACUGAAACUUUUCUCCACACAUGAUCUUAAGAAACAUGGAACGGUUGAUGUCAAACAAAUCAAGUCCUGCGACAAUCCUGCUGAUUUAUUCACAAAGUCAUCGGCGCCGAAGAAAUUUGAAGAACUUGUACACAAAAUUGGAAUUAGCCAUCUUCGAUAUAUAUGUUUAAUUGAGGGGGAGUAAUAUAAUGCACUGCACUCUUUUUCCCUUCGUCAGGAUUUUUUUUUCCAUUGGGUUUUUUCCUGACAAGGUUUUUAACGAGACAGUACAUUAUAAUACUAUGAAUCUAAUACCACAGAAUAAUUAGAAGAUGACCAUUCAAGGGGGAGUGUUGAAAUAUAAUUGAAUUAGUCAUCUUCCAACUAUUCCUGAUUAAAAAUUAUUAUCACCAUUAUAUAAAUAAUCAGGAAAUCAUAAUUAUGAUUCUAGAUGAUAAUUGUGUGGUUCACAAUUAUCCUCUAAUCCUAUGAAGCUUAACUUUUCUCCUAUACAUAGGAGGCUUCUCCAUUGUAAUUAACACACUAAGAUUACACUAUUAUCACACUUCUAAUAACAUCUUUCUCACUAAGUAUUCAGACUA